AUGGGCCAGAGGCACAACAGACGUCGCACACGACCCCGAUCCCGAAACCGCAGUGUCAACAGUAUUCCGUUCGCACCGUUCCCACGACCUGUCGACCUUUGCACUUCAGCUGUUCCCUCCGCACUCGACUGUCCUGAAAUACCCGCCCUGACCUGGCAUUAUGGGCAUUUGAUAUGGCAGAAACGUGACCGUGCGCUGAGGAUGGAGGCUUCUACGCUAGAGGCAGAGCAGUGUCGUCUAUUUGGCGGCGUACCCGGUGACGAUGUCGGUCUCUGUUAUCGCAUGUUGGAGUACUUCGGUGGACUCGACUACAUCGAUUGUCCACAAUCCUUGAACGCACUACCUGGAUGA